CAAAAGUUUUUAGUUCACAGUCAUGCUUCAGAUCAGAGAAAAGGACUAAUCUGAUUUGCUCUGAUUUCAAAAUUCUUCUUGAAUGUACACUCUUGUUAUUUUACAGUGAUUUUAGAUCAUUUUAAAGUGCUUCUUUCACCAUGUGAUUUAUGUUAAGAGACAAAAGAAACAUCAAACCAUAGGAGGCAGUGAACAUGUGACGAGUGUUGCCUUGUCGGCCAAUGCCUUGAUCUUAUAUCUGCAGAGUGGAAAGAGUAUCGUGUCAUUCAACACGACAAAUUCAACAUGAUGACAUCUCCAAACUUUGUCUUCUUAGUGGCGUAUUUGCUCUUUGGGAAACUGGCUGAGACGAACCAUCGUGUUCUGUCCACAACUGCUCAUCAAGACAUUGGAUUUAUAUCAGCUAAUGUUGGUGACAACGUGUCUUUGUCAUGUUUAUUCACUGUGGAUGAUUUGAAAAUUUACUGGUACAAGCAAACACUGGGUCAAAAGCCACAGCUUGUCUGUGUCGUAAAAACGUCAGGUGCAAGUGGCCGAACGCACACUUUUUAUAAUGAUUUUAGACAAAAUCCACGCUUCUCACUUCAAACUGAUGCUGGUUUGAAUCACUUAAACAUUUCUGAUGUUCAACUUUCGGACUCAGCGACUUACUUGUGUGUAGUCGGUGUGUCAGUUUGGUUUGAAUUUCAAGAAGUCAUCACUGUGAGUGUGGAGGGUUCAAGGUGGAAUCUUCACCCUCUGGUCCAUCAGUCAGAGUCACAAAGACUUCAGCCAGGAGAUUCUGUCACUCUCAACUGUACAGUUCACACAGGAGCAUGUGCUGGAGGAGAACACAGCGUUUACUGGCUCAAGAACGCUCAAGAACCUCACCAUGGAACCAUUUACAGCAAAGGAGACAGAAGUGAUCAGUGUGAGAGGAAACCCAACACUCAAACACACACCUGUGUCUACAAAUUACCAAUGAACAGUGUGAAUCUCUCUCAUGCUGGGACCUACUACUGUGCUGUCGCCGCAUGUGGACAUAUACUGUUUGGAAACGGGACUGAACUGGACUUUAAGGACCAGUCAUCAAUGUAUAUCAUGGCUGGAGCUUUGACAUUCACCACCCUCCUGAGUAUUUUACUGGCUUUCUUACUGUACAAGAGAGACAAAUGUUCAGAGUCUUGUGCCCAAUUAUCAGCUCGCUCCACAUCAAAUGUAGAGGGGAACAGAGAUGGUGACAAUGUCCACUAUGCUGCUUUAAGUGUCCACCUGCCUAACAGAUCAAGAAGACAGAUGGACAAUGCAAAUAAUGAAUGCGUGUACUCCAGUGUUCGACAUUAACUCUGUCUUUGUUAGUUCUGUUUUUUUCUCAGUCUUUCUUUAUUGUAAACAUCACAAACGUGAAGUUUUGGUUGAGUUUUUUCCCCCAAUAUCUGAACUUUAGCCAUUUACACUGUAAUUUACAUGCUAUUGUUUCUGUGGUUUCUAGCAACAUGUACAUAGAGGAACUUCAUUGGAUAUGACUGUAGAUGUGUCCAUUUUGUUGCUUUUGUUUGUUUUUAACCAGCAAUAAAACUCACUGAGAUUAAAAAUCUCUUUUGCAAGAGUGUCCUGACCAAGACUGGCAGCAGUAUAGGUUUUAGACAGGACAGAGUUACAACUAUUCAAACAUUCUGUUAUGAACUUUCACAAAGCUUGGACCCAAAUGCACGAGACCAGAAACAGGAGAAAGCUUAUUGACUUUUUAAAUCAACAAACAAAAUGUGAGCUGGACAGCUCUGAAAAAAGGCUAAUCGCUAAGCUAAACUAGAUCUCAAACUAACAAAAUCUUAGCUUGACUAUAACUUCAAAAAGAUCUCUUUCUUGGUUCGAAACAUGGAGUGAACAUACAUAAGACGCACUGGCAACUGAAAGUGGGAGAAGGGAGUAUAUGUAGGGAACGAGGAUAAUGAGGGGGGUGGAGUGGCUCAGUGCUUAAGACCGGUACCCUGUGUGCA